AUGAAGAGAGCUCUGGCGCUCAUCGACUCUAAGAUGACCCAGGCCAAGAGCUGGCUGAGAGAUCCCAACGCCCAACAAGGUAACAGAGACGGGUCUUCCCAGUGGCUUAAUAUACCAGGGCCAUGUUCAUUAGGGCAGUGGUUUUCAAACCUCUCCUCGGGGACCCCCAGACAUUUCACUAUUUUGUUGUAGCCCUGAACUAGCUCACCUGAUUCAUAUAGUCAAGGGCUUGAUGAUUAGUUGACAAGUGGAAUUAGGUGUGCUUGUUCUGGAAUAGUUCAUAUACAUGGAAUGGCUGGGGGUCCCAGAUGAGAGGUUUGAAAACCCCUGCAUUUGGGCGCACUGUAACAAAAUGUUUUUCAAUUAAAAACUAAACAAUCGGUUUUAUUGGAGUCCAAGUAGUUCCUCCCUGUAUCAGUCCGUUUUCUUCUGAUUGGUGCCAAUUGAACAAUGCAGUUGUCCUUUUUCUCUAGGUUGUAACUAACAUUUGUCUUACUGUGGUCUCUGUCUCCUGGUGAUCAGGGGAUGCAGGAGAACAGGCCAUCCGUCAGAUCCUGGAUGAGGCUGGGAAGGUGGGAGAGCUGUGUGCUGGGAAGGAGCGGAGGGAUAUCCUGGGCACAGCCAAAACCCUGGGCCAGAUCACUGACCAGGUGUCUGAGAUGAGGGCCAGGUACAGUACAUAUACAAUAAUAUUAUAUGCCAUUUAGCAGAUGCUUUUAUCCAAACCGGCUUACAGUCAUGUGUGCAUACAUUUUUACGUAUGGGAACAUGCUUUACGAUGGGAACUACACAUGCAGAGAUCAUCCAUUCACCCACACAGCGUCUCACAAAGACACAGCGGUUGGAACCAAAAAUCUCCAAUUUGGACUCCAGACCAAAGGACACAUUUCCACCGGUCUAAUGUCCUUUGCUCGUGUUUCUUGGCCCAAGCAGGUCUCUUCUUCUUAUUGGUGUCCUUUAGUAGUGGUUUCUUUGCAGCAAUUCGACCGUGAAGGCCUGAUUCACACAGUUGAUGUUAAGAUGUGUCUGUGACUUAAACUCUGUGAAGCAUUUAUUUGGGCUGCAAUUUCUGAGGCUGGUAACUCUAAUAAAUGUAUCCUCUGCAGCAGAGGUAACUCUUCCAUUCCUGUGGCAGUCCUCAUGAGAGCCAGUUUCAUCAUAGCGCUUGAUGGUUUUUGUGACUGCACUUGAAGAAACUUUCAAAGUAAUUGAAAUGUUCCGUAUUGACUGACUUUCAUGUCUUAAAGUAAUGAUGGACUGUGUUUAUCUUUGAUUAUUUGAGCUGUUCUUGCCAUAAUAUGGACUUGGUCUUUUACCAAAUAGGGCUAUCUUCUGUAUACCCCCCCUAACUUGUCACAACACAACUGAUUGGCUCGCAUUAAGAAGGAAAGAAAUUCCACAAAUUAACUUUUAAGAAGGCACACCUGUUAAUUGAAAUGCAUUUCAGGUGACUACCUCAUGAAGCUAGUUGAGAGAAUGCCAAGAGUGUGCAAAGCUGUCAUCAAGGCAAAGGGUGGCUAUUUGAAGAAUCUCAAAUAUAAAACAUAAUUUGACUUGUUUAACUUUUUUGUUUGUUUACUACAUGAUUCCAUAUGUGUUAUUUCAUAGUUUUGAUGUCUUCACUAUUAUUCUACAAUGUAGAAAAUAGUAAAAAUAAAGAAACUCUUGAAUGAGUAGGUGUGUCCAAACUUUUGACUGGUAGUGUAUAUUAAUUGUUUUUGUAAACAUUUCUCAAGCUAAUGUAACUGGUGUGAAAUGGCUAGCUAGUUAGCAGUGCGUGCUAGUAGCGUUUCAAUCGGUGAUGUCACUGGCUCUGAGACCUUGAAGUAGUUGGUUUCCUUGCUCUCCAAGGGCUGUGGCUUUUGUGGAGCGAUAGGUAACGAUGCUUCGUAGGAGGCAGUUAUUGAUGUGUUCAGAGGGUCCCUGGUUCGAGCCCAGGUUGGGGCGAGGAGAGGGACGGAAGCAACACUGUUAUAUUGGUGCCGUGACCCACAUCACUGGUUGCUGCAGAGAAGGAGGAGGUCAAAGGGGGGUGAGUGUAACCAGUGUGAAAUGGCUAGCUAGUUAGCGGUGCGCGCUAAUACACCCAGUCACUACAAAGCUACAAGCGGCCUUCCUAACUCAGUUGCCGGAGAGGAAGGAAAGCGCUCAGGGAUUUCACCAUGAAGCCAAUGGUGACUUUAAAGUUGAAUGGCUGUGAUAGGAGAAACUGAGGAUGGAUCAACAACAUUUGUAAUCACUCCACAAUACUAACCUAAAUGACAGAGCGAAAAGAAGGAAGCCUGUACAGAAUAAAAUAUUCCAAAACAUGCAUCCUGUUUGCAAUAAGGCACUAAAGUAAAACUGCAAAAAAUAUAUAUAGGGAAUGGGGUGCCAUUUGCAACACAGCCUGUGAUCAAUCACUGUGAUCAAUCAGUGGGAGGAAGUAGCCUACAAGGUGGUACGUUUAUUACAGGGGAUUAUAGUGUGUUAGACUGUAACUGAUACCCAUCCAAUCAGAUCUCACAGUGGCUGGGGACUAAAUCAUGCUGCCAGAUUAAAAGCAGCUUUCCGCACUUAAUGCAUGAUCUAGUUAAACCCCCGGCCUGGAUGAGUUACUGUCUGCUGUCAACUGGAAAGGCCUCUCUGCUCUGAGUCUGGAAAUGGAGACACUAAGAUCGAAAAAAUAUAUAUUAUUGUUCAAUUAUUUCAUCCCAUAUGAGACAGUGAACAACAUUUACAUACAGGACGUUAAACAGAAGGAGGGCAAGAGGUACAGGACAUGUUAGUCAAUGAAAUAUUCCCUCAGUCAGUUUUGUAGCAUUUUCUAUGUCUUUCCAUCAGAAUGACUAACACUAUGCACAAGAUUUCCUUUUCCACAUGCAGGUUGACGUUUAUUGUCAUGAAUCUUGCCCUGGAGGCAGAACUGAGCGAUUUCCACUGGAUGGGCCAGCUGCAAAGUCAAAAUGUGCUAUAUUGUAAAGAUUAAUGAAAAACUAAAAUGUGCUUUUUGGUCUUAAUUUAAGGUUAGGCAUUAGGGUUAGCAGUGUGAUUAGGGUUAGUAGUGUGGUUAGGCAUUAGGGUUAGCAGUGUCAUUAGGGUUAGCAGUGUGGUUAAGAUUAGGGUUAGCAGUGUGGUUAAGGACAGUAAAACAACACAUUUCACUGCACCUAUCUGGAUUUAAUCAUUUUGUGGCUGUGCUAGCUAGUGACCACUCUGCAUAGCUGCCUCCAGGUCCAGAUUCAUGACGAUAAAUGCCAACCUGCUUUCCACACAUUAACCCAGUUAUUCCUGGAAUCAGUAGGGAAUAAGCAGGGAUUCCAACCAUGCUGGGAUUCCUGAAAAACCUGUGAACUUUGUGAACGUUUCUGGAAUUUUACAACCAACUGAUGUUCUGGGUUGUCAUUCUCUCCAGGGGUCAGGGGGCAUCUCCUGCAGCCAUGCAGAAGGCCCAGCAGGUCUCCCAGGGCCUGGACGUUCUCACGGGAAAGGUGGAGAAUGCAGCCCGGAAAUUGGAGGCCAUGACCAACUCCAAACAGGUCAUCGCCAAGAAGAUCGACGCUGCUCAGGUAGGAUCUCUGAUUGAUUGGCUAAUUGAUUGAUUGAUAGGGUAAAAGUAAAAGAAAAUACAAAUCCCAGAGGAUAACACACAAAAGCAUUAAACAACAGUAAUUUGUGUUCCAUGGUGUUGGGCCUAUUGUGUUAUGUUGACCACUAACCAUGUGCCCCUGCAGAACUGGCUGGCAGACCCCAACGGUGGUCCUGAGGGAGAGGAGAACAUCCGAGCCCUCCUGGCUGAGGCCAAGAAGAUCGCUGACAUGUGUGAAGACCCCAAGGAGAGAGAUGACAUCCUGAGGUCCAUCGGAGAGAUGGCUGCUCUCACCGCCAAGCUCUCUGAGCUCCGGAGACAGUAAGUAGCACAUUGGAGAUGCUAUGGAAAUAGUUGUUGGUUGCAUUCCUUGAAGAAUAAAGAAGACUUCGAUGAAGAAAGUUCAAAACACUCCCAAGGUUAAAUAUUGAGUUCCACAGGUUUCGGUUCUUGGGCAAUUAUUGUUCUCACUAUACAUGUAUCCCUUGGCGAUGUAAUUCUUUAGAGGUUGAAUCACAUUUUGUUUUCUUGCUGGCCAGUAGUCCACAAAUCGUAAACAACGUCAUUUCAUUUUGAUUUAACUUUCCCUAAAAUGACUACAGUGAGGGGAAAAAAGUAUUUGAUCCCCUGCUGAUUUUGUACGUUUGCCCACUGACAAAGAAAUGAUCAGUCUAAAACUUUAAUGGUAGGUUUAUUUGAACAGUGAGAGACAGAAUAACAACAAAAAAAUCCAGAAAAACGCAUGUCAAAAAUGUUAUAAAUUGAUUUGCAUUUUAAUGAGGGAAAUAAGUAUUUGACCCCCUCUCAAUCAGAAAGAUUUCUGGCUCCCAGGUGUAUUUUAUACAGGUAACGAGCUGAGAUUAGGAGCACACUCUUAAAGGGAGUGCUCCUAAUCUCAGUUUGUUACCUGUAUAAAAUACACCUGUCCACAGAAGCAAUCAAUCAAUCAUAUUCCAAACUCUCCACCAUGGCCAAGACCAAAGAGCUCUCCGAGGAUGUCAGGGACAAGAUUGUAGACCUACACAAGGCUGGAAUGGGCUACAAGACCACCGCCAAGCAGCUUGGUGAGAAGGUGACAACAGUUGGUGCGAUUAUUCGCAAAUGGAAGAAACACAAAAGAACUGUUAAUCUCCCUCGGCCUGGGGCUCCAUGCAAGAUCUCACCUCGUGGAGUUGCAAUGAUCAUGAGAACGGUGAGGAAUCAGCCCAGAACUACACGGGAGGAUCUUGUCAAUGAUCUCAAGGCAGCUGGGACCAUAGUCACCAAGAAAACAAUUGGUAACACACUAUGCUGUGAAGGACUGAAAUCCUGCAGCGCCCGCAAGUUCCCCCUGCUCAAGAAAGCACAUAUACAUGCCCGUCUGAAGUUUGCCAAUGAACAUCUGAAUGAUUCAGAGGAGAACUGGGUGAAAGUGUUGUGGUCAGAUGAGACCAAAAUCGAGCUCUUUGGCAUCAACUCAACUCGCCGUGUUUGGAGGAGGAGGAAUGCUGCCUAUGACCCCAAGAACACCAUCCCCACCGUCAAACAUGGAGGUGGAAACAUUAUGCUUUGUGGUUGUUUUUCUGCUAAGGGGACAGGACAACUUCACCGCAUCAAAGGGACGAUGGACGGGGCCAUGUACCGUCAAAUCUUGGGUGAGAACCUCCUUCCCUCAGCCAGGGCAUUGAAAAUGGGUCGUGGAUGGGUAUUCCAGCAUGACAAUGACCCAAAACACACGGCCAAGGCAACAAAGGAGUGGCUCAAGAAGAAGCACAUUAAGGUCCUGGAGUGGCCUAGCCAAUCUCCAGACCUUAAUCCCAUAGAAAAUCUGUGGAGGGAGCUGAAGGUUUGAGUUGCCAAACGUCAGCCUCUAAACCUUAAUGACUUGGAGAAGAUCUGCAAAGAGGAGUGGGACAAAAUCCCUUCUGAGAUGUUUGCAAACCUGGUGGCCAACUACAAGAAACGUCUGACCUCUGUGAUUGCCAACAAGGGUUUUGCCACCAAGUACUAAGUCAUGUUUUGCAGAGGGGUCAAAUACUUAUUUCCCUCAUUAAAAUGCAAAUCAAUUUAUAACAUUUUUGACAUGCAUUUUUCUGGAUUUUUUUGUUGUUAUUUUGUCUCUCACUGUUCAGAUAAACCUACCAUUAAAAUUAUAGACUGAUCAUUUCUUUGUCAGUGGGCAAACGUACAAAAUCAGCAGGGGAUCAAAUACUUUUUUCCCUCACUGUAUAUCAUGCUUUAGAGAGACUAUGAGAAAGGUGCUUUCCAGUACAUUAUUCUCUCCCAUUUACAGGGGUAAAGGAGACACUCCGGAGGCCAGGGCAUUGGCCAAGCAGAUAGCCACGGCUCUACAGAACCUGCAGUCUAAGACCAACAAGGCUGUAGCCAACAGCAGGCCUGCAAAGGCAGCAGUCCACCUGGAGGGGAAGAUAGAACAGGCCCAGAGCUGGAUGGAGAACCCUACCAUUGAUGACGGUGGAGUGGGUGAGUCUGAAUAGCCUGGUCUCUCUCUCUCCUCUCUCUCUCUCUCUCUCUCUCUCUCUCUCUCUCUCUCUCUCUCUCUCUCUCUCUCUCUCUCUCUCUCCCCCUUCAUUCCGUCCCUCUUUCUUUCUCUCUCUCUUUCUCUUUACCCCUCCCUGCCUCUUGAUUUCUCCUCUCUCUGUCUCUUUCUGGCUCCCUCUCUCUCUCCCCCUCUUAGCCCUCCCUCCUUCCGCCUCUUUCUUUGUGAACUUGUUUGAUAUGUUGUUUUUCUCUGUGCACUACAUUCCACUACUCACACCUAACCUCAUAAUGUUCUCUUUGGCUUGUCAGCUCAGAAGCCUGGAUACACUCUCACAUGUCAUGCAUUGUUUAUUGCUCUGGACUGUAUGACACAGUCUACUAGAGAAUGUUCAGAGUAAGCAUAACCACAGCUAUACAUAAUAAUGUACAACAAUAUAUUGAAUAUAUAUAAAGGAAGAAUGGGUGGUCCUACUCUUAACUUUACCCUCUGGCCCGAAUCGAUAUAAAGCUGCCUAGACUGCUGUGGUCUGCUGUGUGCUUCUGUGUCUGACUCCAUCUUUGUCUCUCCCCAGGCCAGGCAGCUAUCCGGGGUCUGGUGGCGGAGGGCCAUCGUCUGGCUAACGCCCUGCCAGGUCCCUAUAGACAGGAGCUGGUGAGGAAGUGUGAGCAGGUAGAACAGCUGAUGGCCCAGCUAGCCAACCUGGCCGCCAGGGGCGAGGGGGAGUCGCCACAGGCGCGUGCCGUGGCUCAACAGCUCCAGGAGACCCUGAAGGUGAGACGGCUCACAUUCACUCUCACAAGUCAUUAGCCACACACGUCAUUAGCCACACACGUCAUUAGCCACACACGUCAUUAGCCACACACGUCAUUAGCCACACACGUCAUUAGCCACACACGUCAUUAGCCACACACGUCAUUAGCCACACACGUCAUUAGCCACACACGUCAUUAGCCACACACGUCAUUAGCCACACACGUCAUUAGCCACACACGUCAUUAGCCACACAAGUCAUUAGCCACACACGUCAUUAGCCACACACGUCAUUAGCCACACACGUCAUUAGCCACACAAGUCAUUAUCCACACAAGUCAUUAUUCACACAAGUCAUCCAGACUGACUGGAGCUCACUCUGACACAGGCAUGGUGAAGUGCUCCCCCUCCUGGUGGGACACACCAGCUGCAGUCAAAGACAGAGCCACGAUGACUAUGGUUCUCAUUUCAACUAACCAUAAACUAACCCUAGCUUUAACCCUAAACUUAACCCUUAUCCUAACCUUAACCCUUACCCUUAUUGUAAACCUAACCCUAACCGCAGCCUUAGCAAGCAGUUGCUUAUCAACAGAUAGUUUGUUGAUUGUAUGACCAUCGUUAGAGCAUCUACAGAUAGAAAUCCGGACUAUCCAUAGAUCAUAGCUGCAAUGUAAACCACUUGACAAAAGAGCCUAUUGUUAACAUGUAAUACUUCUAAAGCUGGUCUAAUGCUUACUAACUCGUGUGUGUGUGUGGUCUUGUCUUCUCAGGACCUCAAAGAAAAGAUGCAGGAAGCUAUGACUCACGAGGUGUCGGACAUCUUCAGCGAUACGACCACUCCCAUCAAACUACUGGCUGUAGCCUCCACCGCCCCGCCCGAUGCCCCGAACAGGGACCAGGUGGGGGAUUUUCUCUUUCUCUCCUUCCCUUCUUCUCUCAUUCCCUCUCCCUCUGUCUCUCUCUCUGUCUGUCUCCCUAACUUCAUCAUGGCUCAUUCAAUCACUCUACCUAUGAACUGAGCAGUAUAUAGAGCUCUAAAGUACAUGCCAAUAUGGCUAGAGGUGUGUAUGGCAGCAGGUAGACUAGCUGUUAAGAGUGUUGGGCCAGUAAUCGAAAGGUCGCUGGUUCUAAUCCCGAGCCGACUAUGUGAAAAAUCAGUCGAUGUGCCCUUGAGCAAGGCACUUAACCCUAAUUGCUCCUGUAAGUCACUCUGUAUAAGAGCAUCUGCUAAAUGACUAAAAUGUGAAAUGUAAAUGUACUGUAUAUGCCUAUAAUAUGGCUCUGCAAUAGGGCGACUUAUUUGGCAGAUUCAUAUCAUCAUACACUAAACAAAGAAACUAUCAGUGCAACAUAUGGAUGAUUCAUUGAUUAUUUUCCAAUCAUUUAUGUACUUGCCACUCAAUAAUACUUAGACUACAUUUCCCGAGGGAACUUUUACCUUUAGUAAUCAUGUAAGAUUAAUAUUUAAUAAUAUUUCUCAUCAUUCUAUGAUUUGUCACUGUUAUGUUAGGUGUUUGACGAGAGGGCGGCCAACUUUGAGAACCAUGCCAACAAGCUGGGUGCCACGGCAGAAAAGGCUGCCGCUGUAGGAACAGCUAACAAGAGCACUGUGGAGGGGAUCCAAGCUGCCGUCAAGUCUACAAGGGACCUGACACCACAGGUAUGGGACAGUAUGUGUGUGUGUGAAUAUGUGCGUGUGUGUCACUGGCUUAGCGGAAACCCCCGUAGCCUCCGCAAAGCUCGUGGGCCUGUCAUCUCAGCCGAUGUCUAAAUUGUGUAAAAAAAAAAUAUAUAUAAUUUUGACAGUAACCCUCCUUUUUAAUUUCCACAUGUAGCAGGCGAAAUGUUUGUGUUGUCCAAUCUACAUGGGUAGUAGGUGAGUCAGACAGUCAAUGUAGUUGUCAUGCAUCUAAUUUGCCUAUUUCUCAGUGGCGCCGGCGGCAGCCCGCCUCAGCAUCUUCACCUAAUUGGCUGUCAAUUUUUUAAAAAGCUAGGUGAAUCAGGUAGGACUCGGAUGGAGAGUGAGUGGGUGAAUCAGGUGGGACUCGGAUGGAGAGUGAGUGGGUGAAUCAGGUGGAACUCGGAUGGAGAGUGAGUGGGUGAAUCAGGUGGAACUCGGAUGGAGAGUGAGUGGGUGAAUCAGGUGGGACUCGGAUGGAGAGUGAGUGGGUGAAUCAGGUGGGACUCUGAUGGAGAGUGAAUGGGUGAAUCAGGUGGGACUCGAAUGGAGAGUGAGUGGGUGAAUCGACUGAUGAAACACUAUGGCAGGUGGAAGCUAGUAGACCUACUUAUGCAGCAGCUAGAACUAACAGCCUCCCAGUCCCAACAGAGACCUCACUGCCCAGACCCGGCAAUGACAGUGGCCUUGCUCCUCCUCUUCCUCCUCCCCUCCAGAAUAGUGUCAGUUCCUCUAGUGAGAGUCCAUCCUUCUCCUCCCCUCCAGAAUAGUGUCAGUUCCUCUAGUGAGAGUGCCGGCCCUCCUCCUCCUCUCCCCUCCCAGAAAGGCCUACAAGACAAUUGUAUAUUCUAAAAACAUUAGUAUGCUGUUACAUCGGAAAUUCAUUUUAUAAUCUGCAAUCUUUGAACUUCCCACUUGAAUUACAUUAUUGCCUUCAGCAAGCAUUCUAAAUGGCAUCAUUGCGACACCGUAGGUCUAUAGCUUCGUGAAACAUAAACGUAAGGUUUAACGUGAGAAAAUGGCGACCAAAUAAAAAUAAACAUGUACCCAUUAAAGCAAAGCUAUAGGCUACUGCAAGCACUAGCACCACAUAAUCUGAUAGCCUAUCGAUAGUCAGCCGCGUAGACGUCGCAAUUUCAGAACCAUGGACAGCGAUCGGUUGUCUAUACAUUGAGGGGUUUAUUUAGGGAGGGGAGGGGCCCAAACUCUGACUUUGCGGGGGUCCAGAGAACCAGUGGUGUGUGUUUGUAUUUUGUGCAACAUCAACAUUUGUGUGGUGCUUAUGCCAUAGUGACAUAGGGACGAUUCAUUUGGCCUUGGUCAGUUGACCUCUUUUCCCCGGCUGGAACAUUCUCUUCUAGGUGGUCUCUGCUGCCCGUAUCCUGCUGAGAAACCCAGGCAACCAGGCUGCUUACGAGCACUUUGAGACCAUGAAGAACCAGUGGAUUGACAACGUGGAGAAAAUGACAGGUAGUGCCAAGACCAUCUUGUGUCAUUUGUCAUUGAUUACAAAAAGUGGGCGUUGUGGUCACUUCGUUAUAAGCACUAAGAAUGAUGUCUUCUCUGUCUCCUAGGUUUGGUGGAUGAGGCCAUAGACACCAAGUCUCUGUUGAAUGCCUCUGAGGAGGCCAUUAAGAAAGACCUGGAUAAGUGUCGCGUGGCCAUGGCUAACCACCAGCCCCAGAUGUUAGUGGCCGGGGCCACCAGCAUCGCCCGGCGGGCCAACCGGAUCCUCCUGGUGGCGAAACGAGAGGUGUUGAUCAUUUUUAUUUACACAUACAAUCAAUCACAUUUAUUUUAUAAAGCCCUUUUUACAUCAGCAGUUGUCACAAAGUGAUUUACAGAUACCCAGCCUAAAACCCCAAAGAGCAAGCAAUACAGAUGCGUAAGCAUACAAACACGUGCCACAAUGGUGCACUUUAGCAGAUUACAAUACUGACAACUGAAUUGCAGUUCAGUUUAAAUUAGAUGAUAUGAACAACGCAUGGCCUCCCAAGUGGCGCAGCAGUCUAAGGCACUGCAUCGCAGUGCAGGAUGCGUCACUACAGACCCAGGUUCAAUCCCAGGCUGUGUCGCAGCCGGCCGCGACCGGGAGACCCCUGAGGCGGCGCACAAUUGGCCCAGCGUCGUCCGGGUUAGGGGAGGGUUUGGCCGGCCGGGAUCCUUGUCCCAUCGUGCUCUAGCGACUCCUUGUGGCGGGCCGGGCGCAUGCACGCUGACUUCAGUCGCAAGCUGUACGGUGUUUCCUCCGACACAUUGGUGCGGCUGGCUUCCGUGUUAAGUGAGCAGUGUGUCAAGAAGCAGUGCGGCUUGGCAGGGUCGUGUUUCAGAGGACGCAUGGCUCUCGACCUUCGCCUCUCCCGAGUCCUUACGGGAGUUGCAGCGAUGGGACAAGACUGUAACCUCCAAUUGGAUAUCACGAAAUUGGGGGAGUAAAAACAAAACAAAAAUUACAUAACAAAAAAUAGAAACGCAUGAAUACACUUUCUUUCCUAGGUGGAGAACUCUGAGGAUCCCAAGUUCAGAGAGAUAGUGAAGGCUGCGUCUGAUGAGCUCAGCCGGACCAUCUCUCCCAUGGUGAUGGACGCCAAGGCUGUGGCUGGGAACAUCACAGAUCCAAGUACGUUCCAAGGCAGUUUCCCGACAUUUAGGAUGCAUUUGAUCAUUAUACUGUAUACCCUGCUGUUAUAGCUACCCGUGUACAGCUAUCCAACAUGACCUAAUACUAAAUAUAAAGCCUCAUUCUGUCAAUUUCUGAAUCUGUGAUUGUCAAAAGUUAAGGUUCAGUCGAUGGUGUUAUGGUUUUGGGACCUGUCAAUGUGUUACUGCCGCCAUACCAGCACCUUUUGGGGCCUUUGUCUAAUCUCCUGUUUAUAAGGCCUAACUAACUACCUAUAUGCAUCUCCUUCUUCCUCUGUUGUGUCCAGGUCUGCAGAAGGGCUUCCUGGACUCAGGCUAUAGGAUCCUGGGUGCCGUUGCCAAGGUGAGAGAUGCCUUCCAGCCACAGGAACCAGACUUCCCACCACCACCUCCUCCUGAUCUGCAUCAGCUGCACGUAAGUCAAUCAGUCAAAUUUAUUUAUGAAGCUCUUUUCACAUCAGCAUCUGUCACAAAAGACUUCACAAUUCUGCACUGUCAACACCAGGGUUUUGUUCAGUGGGGUACAAAUGGGGUUUCAGAACGUUCAUAUAAAAACUAGAUAUUUUUAGAACAUAUUAUCUGCCAUGUAGAAUAGAGGGAUUCAUUUCUAUCUGCAACAUUCUGAACGUUUCACCUAUCUGAAUACACGCCAGGUCAGCGACGAGCCCGCCCCACCCAAACCCCCUCUCCCAGAGGGUGAGGUUCCUCCCCCCAGACCCCCUCCCCCAGAGGAGAAGGACGAGGACUUCCCAGAGCAGGAAGUGGGAGAGAUGGUGAGCGAGCCCAUGAUGAUGGCCGCCAGGCAGCUCCACGAGGAGGCCCGCAAGUGGUCCAGCAAGGUGAGAUAACAGCACAUAUACAGUUAGUUACAUGUUCAAAGUUUAGUUUAUUGCCAAUACAGAAUUUCUCUGUGACCAGAAAGCAAUAGUAGAGCAGAUUCAGACUAGCCCUAAUUCGGUGUCAUCUAGGAAGUGUGACAUGCACAUAAACAUGUAUACUGCACAAUUACACCGGAAACGGAAUCAACCCCAACUGUGUUGUCAUACGUCCAAUUUAAUGCCUUGUUUUUUGUAAUCUCUUUCAGGGUAACGACAUCAUCGGUGCAGCCAAGAGAAUGGCCUUGCUCAUGGCUGAGAUGUCCCGUCUGGUGCGCGGUGGCAGUGGGAACAAGCGUGCCCUCAUCCAGUGUGCCAAAGACAUCGCCAAGGCCUCAGAUGAGGUCACGAGGCUGGCCAAGGAGGUGGCCAAGCAGUGCACAGACAAACGCAUCCGGACCAACCUGCUCCAGGUCAGUUGACUGACUGGUCCCUGGUCCAGUCUUCUUAGAAAAAAUAAAAUGCUAACUCUCAUGGCUACGAUGCAAUAAAAUUAAUAAAUACCAACGUUUCGACAGCUAUGCUGCCUUCAUCAGGGUUUCAUCUGGUCCAAUAUUCUGCCAAUGUGUCCUUGUUUCUCAAAGCUCAUUGGAUUAAUUGAGCAAACAAGAACAGAGGAAGCAAGGAUUUUCAGACUCCGCUCUCUUCAGGUUUUUCUUGUGUAGCAGCUGCUGCUCUGGCAAGACCAUACAAAGGACAACAUUAUAUUAAUGUAGGAGUGGUAGGACUAAAGAUAAUUGAAUUUCCACCCUGUCCUCGUGAUUUGAUUUAGGGUAGAUCAUUUGAAUUAAACUACACUGUUUUCUGUGUCUCUCACUGGUUUCUCGGAACUUAAACUUAAAUAAACUUCUCUGUAUUCCAGGUGUGUGAGCGGAUCCCCACCAUUAGCACACAGCUCAAGAUCCUCUCCACAGUCAAGGCCACCAUGUUGGGUCGUACCAACAUCAGCGAGGAGGAGUCCGAGCAGGUCAGUACACUGGAGAUAACUGGAUAACACAUAUCAACCAAAGUUACCUUUUUGCGUUUGAAAUUACAUCGUAAUGGAGUUGAGCGAUUUCUGUUAUUAUAUUAUUUCAACUAGAAAUGUACUAUGAAAUGUACAAUCUUUCAGCAGUGGUGGCAAGGUUGGGGGGGAGGGGGAGGGUUAAUUACUACUUAGCACAAUGACAUGCUAGCUGUUCCCAUAGACUUCCAGUCAUUGAGCCAACGACUAUCCAUUUAAAAGCGCGUCUCAGCAGAAAUAUAUGUAUUUUACAAAAUUACAUAUUUUUUUGCAGCGGUGGGCCGCCGCUGCUAAAUGAAUAUAGGGGAAACACUGAUAUAAAUAGCAUGUUGUUACUAGUGUAAUUACAGUGUUAUUACACAUAAGAGCAACUUCAUGUAAAAUGUGACCACCAUUUUUCUUUCCUUCCCCCUCCCCCAGGCCACAGAGAUGUUGGUUCACAAUGCCCAGAACCUGAUGCAGUCUGUGAAGGAGACGGUAAGAGAGGCUGAGGCUGCCUCCAUCAAGAUCCGGACGGAUGCAGGCUUCACCCUCCACUGGAUCCGAAAGACCCCCUGGUACCAAUAA